AUGAUCAGCAUGGAAUUGUCGCAGAGCUUAGCGAAGUCAAUUGAAGAUCUGAUGCGAAGCGUUGUGGCUAGGUUUGAGAAAAGGUUCGAGGUUUUGGAAGCAAGGAUCUCUGAGACGGAGUUGAAGCAGGAAGCUUCAGUAGAGGUGGAGGUUCGUACCUUGAAUUUGGAUAAAGAUUCCAGCCAAGAAAUCAAAGUAGGUAUUCCGGCGAUGGUAGCCUUAAUUCCAAUUGGGGGACAAGGUAAUUCUUCAUCUCAAGUAGAAAAUUUUGCUGAAUUUCUAGAUUCUGAUGAUACUUCUUUGAAAUUGGAUGGUGAUUUCUUGAGUUUGGAUAUAAUGAAUUGUGGAAUUGAGGAUGUCCCUGAUGAAUUUGUUCCUUUCAUUGGCACACAUGCUUCAUUUGAGAAUUUUGAUUACAAAUGUGAUGAUUUUGUGAGCAUAAUUGAGGCAAAAGUGAAUUCCGUGAAUCUGGUUGAACGGAAUGAUAUUUCUAUUAUUAAGAAUUCAUUGGACAUGAACAAGUGA